GAGGGCGUUUCAUAUCUUGCGUUACUGGGACAUAUUCUUUGCCUGAAACUUAAACAAACAACUUAAACAUGGACGAUCAAGCAAGUACAAUGUUAAUUCAUAACAAUAUUCAUUUAUUUCACAGCAACAAAUGCCGUGUUGGUACUAUGAAAGAGAAGAACUAUAUAAAACACCAUCAUAUUAUGAUCAAAUUGACCAUGAAACAGAGACACGUCAUCGUAGAGAAGGUGCCAGAUUUUUAUCAGCUGUUAGUACCAAAUUAAACCUUCGAUAUGAUACAUGUGCCACUGCGAUUGUAUUCUUCCAUCGAUUUUACAUGUUCCAUUCAUUUAAGGCAUUUCCACGUUAUGUAACAGCUGCUUGUUGUUUAAUGUUAGCUGGAAAAGUGGAAGAAACACCCAAAAAAGUUCGUGAUAUUGUUAAAACUGCUAGAUCAUUAUUGUCUGAUGCAGAUUUCGAACAAUUUGGAAAUGAUCCUAGGGUAUGUUGUAUUGUUAUUUGUUUGAAAAUUUUUAAAAAUUCCUCUUUCCUCAUUUAUCCUAUUAUUUUUAGGAAGAAGUAAUGGCAUUCGAACGAGUUUUACUGAAAACGAUUAAAUUUGACUUGCAAGUUUCACAUCCAUAUGCUUAUUUACUUCAGUUCGCAAAAAGAAUUAAAGGCAAUCAAGAAAAAUUAAAAGAAUUAGUUCAAAUGUCGUGGUCAUUUAUUAAUGAUAGUUUAGCAACAACACUAUGUUUACAGUGGGAACCAGAAAUAGUCGCAUGCGCUGUUCUUUAUCUAGCCACACGUAUGAGUAAAUUUACAAUAGAAGAUUGGGAAGGUCGUCAACCAGGUCAACGUUGGUGGGAAUGUUUUGUUGAAGGUAUGAGUACUGAAGUUAUGGAAGAUAUAUGUCAUAAAAUUUUAGACUUAUACCCUGCUGAUGGGAAUACUGGUGAUGAGCAAGUUGGAAGUAAUAUUAACACAUCUACAACUAAAAUAACAACGAAUAAUAUUAAUUGUAACAGUAACAGUAAUGUAGCUACAGGUGAAUUACCAAUUCAUCAUGUAACACAUUCAACAUCAUUUGAUUCAAACAAAUAUCAUGGAAUAAAUAGUAAAGCAGAGCCACCUGCUAAAAGGCAAACAUUAAUGCGUUCGUCAGGGAAUGUUUAUUCAUCAACUGUACACACUGGUCCUUCUAGUGGUAGCAGUAAUAAUAAUAAUGUUACUUCAUCGAUGAUGAAUAACAAUACUGCAGUAAUGAAGCAUGUUCCAUAUCCCUCGCAUUAUCGUCUACCAGUUGGUACAGUUGCUAACAAUAAUAAAACAACUGUCUAUAAAUGAUAUGGUGCUGAAAUAAGCUUUCAUAUACACAACAAUAAUUUAUUAUAUAAAUCAAAUGGUGAAACUUACUUUAUUUAUUGUUUACGUUCAAUGCCUGAAAAGUAUUCGAUCUAGAUCAACUCUGGAUCAACCAUUUUUUUUUUUUUUU